UUGUUUUAUUCUGUGCAUUAGGAAACAUGUGACUGGGUAGGAUGAUACGUAAAUCAUGUGAUUGAGUGAGGCUCAAACUCAGCCAAGAAACUGAGAAGAGUGGGAGCCCAGAAACCGGAGACAGACUCUUUGUGCCAGGCAGGCAGCCACAUCACCGACCUUGACAUUGGCCCCGUAGCCAUGGCUGCCAUGGACUGUGGGAUGAUUACCUCCAAGACGGUGCUCCUGCUGCUCAGUGCCAUUUUUUUGGCAGCAGGAGCCACCCUUGGAUUUGUGGGAGGACAUUUCAUCUCAUCCUGUGAGGACUUUGAUGCCUUCUUCAGGGAUGAGCAGAUCUUGUUGCCUGCCAUCAUUAUCAUAAUAGUUGCUGGUGUGAUGCUUUUCCUCGGAGUGACUGGUUGCUUUGUCACGAUCAAAGAAUCCCAAAUCGGCUUGCGAUUUUUCCUGGCCGUUCUUUUGCUGAUGUUUAUCACAGAAGCAGCAGCUUUUGUUUUGGGAUUCAUUUAUCGAGAGAAGGUAGUGGCAGAGGUACAAGAGACUAUGGAUGAACUCUUUCAGACAUAUGGUAAAGAAAACCCAGAGACAGAGAUGGUGGAUUUCUGGCAAUCUCAGUUUCAAUGCUGUGGUGUUAAGAACUACACUGAUUGGAUUAAUAGAGAAUGGUUCAACCACACAGGAAAUAACAGUGUCCCUCAGAGUUGCUGCAAACAAGAAUAUAAGAAUUGUAGUGGACUCAUCAGUGAACCUCAAGAACUGAAUACAGAGGGCUGUGCUGGGGUAAUGGAAUUGCGGAUAAAGGAACUUAUCAAUUACAUCAUGAUUGUCAUCCUAGGAUUUGCUGUUGUAAAGUUUUUUGGAAUGCUGAGCAUCUUAGUGAUUGCAUGCAGGAAAGAAGAAAAUGGCUACCAACCCUUGAACUCUGGAGUAUUUGCUUGAAAAGAGAUGAGCAAAAUCACUUCACUGAAUCAUUCAAACACAAGUGGCUUUCACAGACUGACCCCAAAGAAUAUUAGAACCCUGUGGAUAAAUAUUUUUAUUCAUAUGGACUGAAGAUGAUGAACUCUGGAAUUUGUCAUUCCUUACCACUCUGUUCUCCCAUCACACUGACACACGAUCAGCAAUAUACAUGAGAAAUAAGACUUGAUUAACUGAUUCUACAUCUAAAUACACCUAGAAUAAAUAUGGGCUGUAAAAAUACCACAUUAAUGGGGGACAGUUGGGAACAGUGCUAUAAAUGAGUGACAGAUGGAAUAUUGAGGACUUGGGCUUAGAUGGUGUUAUUUUAUUAUUAUAUAUAGGUUGUGACAACUUUAUGACUGUAUUGCUACUUAGCUUUUUAAAUUAUGAAAUAUUUCAACUAUCUGGGGCUUAGGUUGGCAUAUCAUACACCUAAUUGGGCUGUUUUGGUUGUUUAAAAACACUAAAUUAAGUUAUAACGAAAUUGAUUGUUAAAAUGCUAACCUAACUCGUUUAUUUGAUUCAGCUGUAUUGUUUUGACAAGCUUAUCACUUCCUGAUACACUUCAGUGUGAAAGACAUGCCCAGCUCACAAUAAACGAACCUAGUUCUCUUGCUUAUUUAAAUUCCAUGGAUUUCUCACGGAAUGACAGAUCACAAAGAGUUCAAAGAAAUUUCAGUCCUUCAAAGUCCAACUUGUCUAUAUUUGACUGAGAAUCCCCUUGACAACGUCCUCAACAAGUCUUCAGUUUAGAGAAUAAGUUUUUAAAAGAAAGAGAAUAGUUGAAAGGUUUUUUUUCACAUUAUGUAAAAGUUGUCUUCUAGAUUAGUACUUUUUUACUUUAAAUGUAACAUUCCUGUAACCUACUUUUCAAGCCAUAAAGGAAAUGUGAACUGAGUUUAAAACAUCCCGAGGUUUUUCUUGAUAUCAGGAUGACAAAUGAGUGAUUAGGUAGUUCUAGUUAACUAUCAGCUCUUUUCAGUAGUGAUAUAUUAGCCAUCUUUUGUUAACAAACUAUAGCCUUUUUUUCCCCUUUUUCCUUUGCUUUCCUUUCCUUUUUCCUUUCACCUUUCCCUCUCCCUCCCCCAUUGUCCAUGAAUUUAAGCAAUUCCAAUAGAUCAGCAUGGAAGAUUUAUCCUACUUCCUUUUUUCUUCCUGGACUAGUUUACACCUCCUUAGGCAAAAAGUGGCCAUCCAACCUGAGGGGCUCUCCACAUUGGUACUAGGCAGUGUAGACACCUGAUUGGCCCCGAGUGGCCCACCAGCUUCAGUCGCCCCAGCAGCACCAUUCUGUUUCGGCAAAUUUUAGACAUUUUCACACCCACAAUUGUCUUCUAUCAUCUUCCAUCUCAUUUUAGGUUUUGAAAUAUUAAUUAAGACUUAUUUAGGCUCACAUGCAUAGAUGAACCAAUUACAGUGCUGUCAGAUUACAAUAAAAUGUUUCUUUAGGAUUUAUGGCUAUCUGAAAAGUAGACAGGCUUUAAUAUGCUUUUCUCCUGAGGAAAUAAAGAAUUCCCUGGGAUGAGAAGAUUUUUCUCUUAAGAUUAGUAGCUUAUACUUUUUUUCCCCCAAAAUUCUAGAAGAUAUGGAUACCUUUUGGACUUUAGGCAGUUAUAAAAGGCCUUUUUUGUGGCUUUCAGAGAUCAGGUUUUAAAUUAUUCAGUACCAGUUCUGAAGUACUAAAGAGUUAGAAUUAUUUUAUAGGAAGCUGAAUCUUUAGGUAACAACAGAAAAAACAAACUUUUAAAAAGGCAGUUGUCUUAUGAUAAAUGUAGAAGCUUCUCAAACAGUGCUGUAUUAAAGGAACAAGUUGUUUUCCACAUAGUUUCUCAGGAUUCUCUUAAUUACACAAUUAUUCUUGCUCUGGUAUAUCACUAGGUAAUUACAUGCAUUUUAAUUUAAACAUUCAUGUACUGAGCACUGUCCUUACUAAUUCUUCAAAAAUCACCUUGGAGUAAUUUUAACAAAUUAAUAAAAUAUAUAAC